CAAUGUUCAUGUUGGCAUUACCGCAGAAAAUUUAAAGGACUAUGUUGGACCUCCACUGUGGCAUUCAGAUCGUUUAUAUGAUAAAACUCCUCCUGGAGUCGUUAUGGGAUUGGCUUGGACGAGCAUGGGUGGUUCUGCGUUGUACGUCGAAUCUACUCUUGAUUCAAUUCUUUCUACAACUUCAAAACCAUCUCUCUCUAAAACUGGUCAAUUGGGUGAUGUAAUGAAGGAAUCCACUACUAUUGCUUAUACAUUUGCUAAAAGUUUAAUGGCACGACUAUAUCCGGAAAAUAAAUUUUUUGAAAGGGCUUCAAUUCACCUUCACGCACCUGAAGGUGCAACUCCAAAGGAUGGUCCUUCUGCUGGUAUUACCAUGACAACAUCACUCCUUUCGCUUGCCUUAUCUAAACCAUUAGAUCCAACUAUAGCAAUGACUGGUGAACUCACGCUUACUGGUAAAGUUUUAAGAGUUGGUGGAAUUCGGGAAAAAACGGUAGCUGCUAAGAGAUCUGGUGUGUCUACCAUAAUAUUUCCAAAAGCUAAUACUAACGAUUGGGAAGAGUUACCUGAGAAUAUUAAGGAGGGCCUUACAGGUGUUCCUGUUGCUGAUUAUUACGAAGUCUUUAAUUUUGUUUUUGGCCCUAUUAGUAAAGAGCAAGCAAAACAGACUUGGGAGUCGAUUGCAUCACAAUCGGUUGAAUCUAAAGAUAAAAAAGAAGUGACAGAAACCACAGAACAAUCGUAA